UUUAUGGCCACCAACGACCUGAUGAUGGAACUGCAGAAAGAUUCUAUAAAGCUAGAUGAAGACAGCGAGAAAAAAGUUGUGAAAAUGCUUUUGAAAUUGCUGGAGGACAAAAACGGGGAAGUGCAGAACCUCGCUGUGAAGUGCCUGGGCCCGCUGGUUGGCAAAGUGAAGGAGUACCAGGUGGAAACCAUCGUGGAUACGCUCUGUACAAACAUGCUGUCGGACAAGGAACAGCUGAGGGACAUCUCCAGCAUUGGGCUGAAAACUGUCAUCUCAGAGCUGCCGCCAGCUUCUGCAGGCUCUACCAUGACAGCAAACGUGUGCAAGAAGAUCACAGCCCAGCUGACAGGAGCCAUUGGCAGGCAGGAGGACGUGUCUGUGCAGCUGGAGGCGCUCGACAUCCUGUCGGAUAUGUUGAGCAGACUAGGGGGGACACUCUAUUCUUUCCAUUCCUCCAUCCUGAGCUGCCUCCUUCCUCAGCUGACAAGCCCCAGGCUGGCAGUGCGUAAAAGGGCCAUCAUUGCCUUGGGUCACCUCGUCCUGACCUGCAGUGGGAACAUCUUCUCGGAGCUCACAGAGCAUCUGCUUGCUGAGCUGAAGAGGAACGAGUCUACUUCUACCACCAGGACUUACAUCCAGUGUAUAGCUGGCAUCAGCAGGCAGGCUGGCCACCGCAUAGGAGAACAUCUGGAGAAGAUAAUUCCUCUGAUAGUGCAGUACUGCAGCGUGGAAGACGACGAGCUGAGGGAGUACUGCUUUCAGGCCUUCGAGUCUUUUGUGAGAAGGUGCCCAAAGGAAAUUGACCCUCACAUCCUUAGUGUGAUAGGUUUGUGCUUGAAGUACAUCACCUUUGACCCAAACUACAACUAUGAUAAUGAGGAGGAUGAAGAGGAAGAGAUGAUGGAAACUGAAAAUGGGGAGGAUGAAGAGCAAGAGAGCGAUGACGAGUACAGUGAUGACGAUGACAUCAGCUGGAAGGUCCGCAGGUCGGCAGCGAAGUGCCUGGAGGCCAUAGUGAGCACCAGGCACGACCUCCUCCAGGACUUCUACAAGACCCUUUCCCCGGUCCUGAUAAGCAGAUUCAAAGAGCGCGAGGAGAAUGUCAAAGCUGACAUCUUCAGUGCUUAUAUCUCUCUGCUGAAGCAAACGCUGCCCGUGCAGAGCUGGCUGCCCGCUGCAGACGCCCCUGGCAGAGAUGAUGUUCCCCUCACAUUGCUUCAGAACCAGGUUCCCAGCAUUGUCAAGGCCUUGCACAAGCAGCUCAAGGACAAGAGCAUCAAGUCGCGCCAGGGCUGCUUCAGCCUCCUGACGGAGCUGGCCGGCGUGCUGCCCGGCUGCCUGGCCGCCCACGUGCCCGCGCUGGUGCCGGGUAUUGUUUUCUCCUUGGCUGAUAAGUCCAGCUCGUCCAACAUGAGGAUUGACACGCUGUCUUUCUUGCACGUCCUUCUUUGCAACCACCAGCCAGAGGUAUUUCAUCCUCAUAUCAAGGCCCUGCUACCUCCAGUUGUGACCUGUAUUGGAGACCCCUUUUAUAAGAUCACUUCAGAAGCUCUCCUGGUCACUCAGCAACUUGUGAAAGUUAUCAGGCCCUUGGAUAAACCUUGCACUUUUGACGCCAAGCCCUAUGUGAAAGACAUUUUCCCCGGUACCCUGAAGCGGCUGAAAGCAGCUGAUAUUGAUCAGGAAGUGAAGGAACGAGCUAUCUCGUGCAUGGGCCAGAUCAUUUGCAAUCUGGGAGACCACUUAAGCACUGAUCUCCAGCCAACCCUGAAGAUAUUUCUGGAGAGGCUCAAAAAUGAAAUCACCAGAUUGACAACAGUCAAAGCAUUAACUUUAAUUGCUAGUUCUCCACUUAAAAUAGACUUGAGACCCAUUCUAGGGGAAGGUUUUCCCAUUUUAGCUUCGUUCCUGAGAAAGAAUCAACGUGCCUUGAAGCUCAGCACUCUGACUGCCCUGGAUAUCCUGGUGAGGAACUACGGUGACAGCCUCAAGCCUGCCAUGAUAGAGUCAGUCCUCACGGAGCUCCCUGCUCUAAUCAGUGAGAAUGACAUGCAUGUCUCCCAGGUGGCUGUCAUGUUCCUUACUACUUUAGCCAAGGUCUGUCCGUCCUCCAUCUCCAAGGUCCGCGGUCCGCUCCUCACGGAAGCCCUGCAGCUCGUGCACUCGCCGCUGCUGCAGGGCGGCGCGCUCAGCGCGCUCAGCGCCUUCUUCCAGGCGCUCGUGCUCACCAAGGCGGCUGCCACGGGGUACCCGGAGCUCAUGAAGCUCCUGACUGCGCCCAUCUACUCCCCGGGCUCAGCUGGGGCCUCCUUACACAGACAGGCCUAUUACUCCGUCGCCAAGUGCGUGGCGGCCCUUUCCUCCUCCUGCCCCAAGGAAGCCCCCGGGACAGUGAGCCAGUUCAUCCAGGAUGUGAAAAGCCCCAAGUCCAGCUGUGCUGUUAAAGUGCUGGCCUUCCUCUCGCUGGCUGAGAUGGGGCGCACCAUGAACCUCGGCGCGCAGAGCAGGGAGCUCAAAACGGUCAUCCUGGAGGCGUUCGGCUCUCCCAGCGAAGAGGUCAAGUCCGCUGCCUCCUAUGCGCUGGGGAGCGUCAGCGUGGGCAGCCUCGGGGAGUACGUCCCGUUCAUGCUGCGGGAGAUCGGGAGCCAGCCCAAGAGGCAGUACCUGCUGCUGCACUCGCUCAAGGAGGUGAUCAGCGCCUCGCCGCCCGACGGCCUCCAGCUCUACGUCGAGGACAUCUGGGCCCUGCUUUUCAAGCACUGCGAGUGCACCGAGGAGGGGACGCGCAACGUGGUGGCCGAAUGCCUGGGGAAGCUGACCUUGGUGAACCCCUCCGAGUUGCUGCCCCGACUGAAAAAGCAGCUGGCGUCAGGUUCUCCUCACGCCCGGAGCACGGUGGUAACCGCAGUCAAGUUCACGAUCGCAGACCAGCCUCAGCCUAUCGAUGCUCUGCUGAAAGGCUGCAUAGGUGACUUUUUAAAGACUCUUCAGGAUCCAGACCUGAACGUUCGACGUGUGGCUUUAGCUCUGUUUAAUUCUGCUGCUCACAACAAACCGUCCCUGAUCCGCGAUUUGCUGAGUGCCGUUCUGCCCAGCUUGUACAGCGAGACGAAGGUCAGGAGGGAGCUCAUCCGGGAGGUAGAAAUGGGGCCGUUCAAGCACACAGUGGACGAUGGCCUUGAUGUGAGGAAAGCCGCUUUCGAAUGCAUGUACACGCUCCUGGAAAGCUGCCUGGACCGGCUGGAUAUCUACGAGUACCUGAAUCACCUGGAGGACGGACUGAAGGAUCAUUACGACAUUCGGAUGCUGACUUUCAUCAUGCUGGCCCGCCUGGCCACGCUGUGCCCGAGCGCCGUCCUGCAGAGGCUGGAGCGGCUCAUCGAGCCCCUGCGGGCCACCUGCUCCACCAAGGUAAAAGCUGGCUCUGUGAAACAGGAGUUUGAAAAACAAGACGAACUGAAGCGAUCAGCAAUGAGAGCAGUGGCUGCUCUCCUCACAAUCCCCGAAGUAGAGAAGAGUCCCGUGAUGGCUGAGUUUUCCUCUCAGAUCAGAUCCAAUCCUGAAAUGGCAUCACUUUUUGAAAGCAUUCAGAAGGAUUCUGCCUCCUUACCCACCCCAGAAUCAAUGGACAUGAGCUAAGGUUGUUUACUCCCCUCG